AUGCUCAACGGUACUGUUGAGCCACUGCUGACCAUGACCAGCAGUAGUAAUCGAUUAUUAUCAAUGAUGAAGACCAACGGCAGUAAUGACACUAAUACAAAUGAUAGAUCAUCGAAACGAUCGACAAUGAAAUCUUCAGCGUCAUCAACGGGAAUGAUCUCCUCAAUGAACAGUACUAAUGUAAACAGUUCGGCACAAAUGCCUGACAAUCGUAUAAAAUUUAUCGAUAUGCUCGUAUGCGGCUCAUGUCAACAAGACUUUCAACUGUCCGAUAUUGUAAAAUUUAUCGAACACAAAGCGACGUGUGGUAACAAAGAAAAUAAACAGCAAAUUCCUUAUUUUCUAUCCCAACAACGACAACGUGAAGGUGAUAAUGAUGAUGAUGAUAACGAAGGUGAUGGCGAAGGCGACGAUGAUGAUGACGACGAUGAAAGAAAAAGUCAAUCAUGUAGCAAUCUAGGUGGAAAUGAAAUCGAACAUACCGUUCACCAUCGACAUCCGGCAUCACAAAAACAAUCAAAUGUUUCUAAAGUACUGGUUGAUGCGAAUGCCAAUACAUUGAACAAUACGGCCGAACCUUACAAUUUCGAAUGCAGUCAAUGUGGUGAUGUAUAUAGUACAGCAUGGUAUCUCAUUCAACAUUAUCAGCGUUUACAUGGCGUAAAAAUGUACAGUGCAUGUCUCAAUGAAAAUCCUUCGAUUAAUACUCAUACAACAGGGUUAAUAGCUAAUGGUCUACUAUCAACUGAUUCAUCACUAUCGAACGUAGAUCUAAAUCUGCUUGAAGGUGCAUUGAAAGAUGUUACACCAUCAAAUCGAUCGCUCACAUCAUCGACAACAUUCGCAUCGAAUCAACUGAUCGCCGCAGCUAAUGCUACUCGAUCGGCACAACAACAGUCUUUAUUAGUACGAGCGACAACUGAUGGUAAUUCUUACGCAGCAGGUAUUCAUUCGAAGGUCAACCUGCCAUUGUCAACACUGGUUUCAUCGAUUCCACCUUCGUCGUAUCCAAGUCUAUUACAAGAAGUUGCACAUCAAUCAAGUUCAAUUGCCAAGUUGCUUACUGAAGUAGCAAAGCAGCAUGCGUGUCAAACAUGUGGAAAAGAUAAGCCUAAUAAUGAGACGAUAUCAUUGACAGAUCAACAAUUUCUCACGCCCAAACCUAUGCGGACUGAUGCUAACUCAGACAACAAUGUACAUAAUCGUGGAGAUGCCAGUCAUAAUACACGACAUCAAAAACGACGACGACCAACUGAUUCCGGACAAAAUGAUGAAAUUGAACAUAAACGGCCUGUUCCACCGUCCGCUAGUGCACCUCGUCGUCUAUCAGGUUCUCCUGCACGUUCAGUUUAUUUAUCCUCGUCCGAAGAUGAACGGGCAACAUCAAUGCAUCAAAAUAAAACUAAAUCCAAUAUGCUUGCAACAUCCAUUCAACAACCAUUAUCUCAAUCGCAACGAAAACGUCAUCAGCGUAAGCCAACUCGUCUAUCAAAUGGCAUCACGCAACAACAAUUAAACGUAUCUGUCAAAAAUGAACUCUCCACUACGGACGAUAAUCGAUCAACAUCGAGGCAUGACAGAGAAUUAGAUUCUACAACGAGUGGAACAACCACAAACGAGAAUUUUCAAUGGUUGCAUCAAGCAUUUCGAUCAAUAGUACCGUCAACAGAUGCUGAUAUGACAAUACAACAACAUUCGUCAUCACCACAAUCAAAUUCAAUCAUCGAUAGCGGUGGUGGUUUACUAUCUACGCGUUCAUCUCCGUCACUAACAGGUGCAUCGCCAUCUGCAACAGCGGCUCUGAAUUUGUCAAUAGCAAGCGGGAAUAAUAAUACCGGUGAUCAAGCUCUGAUGGAUCAUUCUCAACUGUCACCUGAUGAAAAUACUUCACAUCAAUCUCGAACGCUAACUCAAAACAAUUCGAAUACCGCACGUGUAUCUAGUCCUGCUGCACAACGAUUCGUCAAGCGUGAUCGACGAAAUGAUACAUGUGAAUUCUGCGGAAAGGUUUUCAAAAACUGUUCGAACUUAACAGUUCAUCGUCGAAGUCAUACUGGCGAAAAACCGUAUAAGUGUGAGCUGUGUGCGUACGCAUGCGCUCAAUCAUCGAAAUUAACACGACAUAUGAAAACGCACGGUCGCGGUGGAAAUGAAGCAUUUCAUUGCCGUUAUUGUUCAAUGCCAUUUUCUGUGGCCAGCACAUUAGAAAAACAUAUGCGCCGUUGUGAGCACAAUCCACAAAUUCUUGCUGUGUUCAAACAACAACAGCAACAGCAACAUUCGACUUCGAGCGUCUCGACGCGCAAAUCAACAACCGACAUGAAGACUGACUAUUCGAACGAUGACGGUGAAGAAUUAACUGCCGAAGAUUAUUCUACAUAUGCGGAAAUUCUCGAUGAACAAAAUGACGUGGGCGGAGAAGACGAAGAUGAUGAUAUUGACCUGAUUGAAGAUAAUGAACAAGUAUCCAACGAGCAAACUUGA